GCAAAUAUCAACCAUACCGAGGUGAAAAAAAUAUUGAAUAAUGUCUUGUCAGGUGCAAGAAACUAAUGAUUAUAGUAUUGCAUCAAAACAUUCUAUGGUGCAUAGAGGAUAUUUUAUUGAUGAUUUUAUGCAAUAUCUCUCUCCUAAGCUGAAGAGAAGAUCACCAUUAAUUAAUAUUGGAUAUUAUGUUCGAGCUGUUGUUGUGAAUGAGGGUAUAAAAUUAUUUCUGACACUAGAGCCUCAGGUCGAAUGUCAGAUUGUUUCCUUAGGAGCUGGAUUUGAUACUACUUUUUUUCGGCUUGUUCAAAAACAUGAAAAUAUAAAAUAUUUUGAAAUAGAUUUUAGUGAUGUGGUCAAAAGGAAAAUAAGUUAUAUUAAAAAUAAUGAAAAUGUUAUAAGUAAACUAAUUUCUCCUCAAGAAACUUCAUUUGGACUAACAAGUAAACAUUACUCUAUAAUAUCCCAAGACAUGACUAAAAUUGAAGAAUUACAGUCUGUUCUUACUGGCAUUGGAUUCGAUGUUGGAAAACCAACUUUAUUUUUCUCUGAAUGUGCGAUAACUUAUAUGCCAGAAGAAUCGUCAACAAAAAUCAUACAUUGGGCUUCUGGACUAGAGAAUGUUAUGUUUAUGGUGUAUGAACAAAUAAAUCCUAAUGAUGGUUUUGGAAGAGUAAUGAUAAACCAUUUUUCUACUAUUGAGAGCCCUUUAAAAUCUGUUGAAAAAUACAGGACGAAAGAAGAUCAAAUAUACCGGGAUUCACUGAUAGCUACAGUGUCGGAGCUUUUGAAAUAUACAACAAGAUAUUAUCACAAGAAGAACACAAAAGAGUAUUGAAUUUGGAACCUUUUGAUGAGUGGGAGGAGUGGCACUUAACUUCAAGUCAUUACACUUUGUCUGCCGCCACCAAAGGAUUAUUCGAAAAGGCAUCCAAAUUUUUUUCAUCUUUCUCUACAUCUCGUGAUUUUGUGCAGUAUGAUUCCACGCUUGGAUGGGAUGCCUUGAUAGAAUUGGGGUUAAAAUUAUAUGCACAUUCUGCAUUGCCAAUUUGGAAUUCAGACGCAGUAUUGAUAAUUGGCGGAUUUGGAAUAUCUAAUGAUAGCAAACAUAAGAGGAUGGAACAGAUGGGAUUGUUGAAUUUGAAAACUAUGAAGGUAGAGAAAAUUACUCCUCCUUCGGUUGAUGGAAUCACAUGGGAUUGUUUAUACCAUACAUGUUCAUUGUUGUCGGAUUCCAAAAAUGAAACUUCUUUUCUCCUUUACGGUGGCAGGACUUCACCAGUGAAUCAGGUUAACAAAUCAGGGUUUGUUAUAACAAUUAAAAAAGAUGGAGAGGACGUUCGAAUUAGUGGAAGAAAAGUUGAGCAUAACGAAAGCUAUCCUGAAGGAAGAAGAAGGCAUUGUGCUUUAAAUGUUAAUGGAGGUGUGUUCUUAUGUGGAGGUCUAUCGGUUGAAAAGGGUGUGCUUCUAAAGGUUCUUGAUGAUUCAUGGCUGUUUACUCAUGAUGAACAGUGGGUAAAACUAGACAGUAAAAUGUCACCUCGUUUUUCUCACUCAGUUACUGGUCAUUGCAACCAAAUUUUCAUCACAGGAGGUCUGAGUCAGGAAUUCGAGCCGCUGAAUGACUUGUGGUCUUUUGAUAUAUCAGCUAAUGUGUGGACAUAUUACGACUUGAAUAUUUUACCACGAUAUAGCCAUACUUCACAUUAUAUCAAUGACUGGAUUGUUUUAAUUGGAGGUGUAAACUAUUUAUCUGAAAAUCAACCAGGAAUAUGUAUUAUAAAUUUGAAAGAUAAAAUUUACAAGGAAUUUAAGUUACCAGAAUCAAAGGAAACUUCUCCUGUAAUGUUGCACAAUCAUUGUUCAAUUUUGCUGUCUGAUUUGAACUCUGUCUAUGUAAUUGGUGGGGGAGGAAAUUGUUUUUCUUUUGGCACAUCUUUCAACGAGUAUCUUAUUUUAUUUCAUUGUAAUAAAAUUUUAAACAGGUGAUAUUCUCAAAUUUAAUUGAGGAAAUAUACCUUAAUAUAACCCUUGCA